GCAUACGACGUACUGAUUGUCAAUAUCAAAAAAAACCCUAAGCUGUCAAUUUACACAAUAUGUUUUAAAUUUAAUUUUCCUAAUGUUUUGGACGAUAAUAUAUUUAAUUUGACAUAAAAUUGAUUGGGGAAAACUAGAUCUAAUUUGAUUUUCUACCUACAGGUUGAAUUUUAUUGGAUUAUGUGAAGGAACUUGUUAAAAAAACCGAAGACUGUUGAAGAAAGGUAUACAAGACGCAUCGAAACCCUUAGAAGACAUUCGGAAAGGUUGGAAGAAAUAAAAAUAUUCAUCUGAUGGUACUAUAAACAUUUAAUUACGUGGACAACGACGUCUCUAGUAUUUUUUCACUUAUACUGCAUCUGGAGGUGUGUUUGCACUUGAGGAAACUGAAGCAGCAAGACCAUGAUAGAGGUCAAAUACUUUGGAAAGUUGUUCGACGAGGAAGCUCUUAAUACACACGUACAAUAGGUCCAAAGCACUCGCCAUUUCGAAUUUUCCUUUACAUAGAAUCAGUCAAGGGAUGAAAAGGUGAAACCAGACUUGGACCUGCGGAAACGCAGGCACUGCAACUGGUCACACGUACAAGAAGGCUGAAGCAUCAGCAAUGACGCGGACAAGAUCUAUUGUAGGAAAAAGGAAACUUCUAAACGUAUGGAGCGAUACUCUAUGUAUCAAAAAAUACAGUUUGAUGUUCUUACAAGUUCAAAUGAAACUAGCUUCGCACUAAGUAGACAGACGCGAUAUUGGUGCUGGCAAACAUGAUGCCAAUUAAUCUUCAAGUUGCAGAGGUACACGGUAAAGACAAAGCAUCAAAGAGGAUGGAGACGGAGAGAGGAAUCAAUGAGAUUCUUGCAAUAGAUAUGGAGGGAGGGGAGAAUGUACAAGGUUUCUACCCCUAAUAUUGCACCCUGGGUGAAGAGAGGGCACGGUCAAAUGAGUUAUGCACGUAUUAUGUAUAAACCCCAAUAACCCGGUGAUACAAAUGCUAAAAUUAUCGUGGAUGGCCUCUACCGAAGAGAGAUACACUCGAGGUGAUUUUGGAGAAAAAAGAAUGUCAGGGUAAAGCGAGGAAAAGAAGGAGAGACGGUGGGCUACACCUACUGGUAGUACCCAAGAGGCAAUGGGGCGUUUUUAGUCGGAGUAGUAUCCAUAUUCCAUAAAAAAUAGUCAAAAACAGAAGGGGAUUUCAUCGAUCGUUUUACCAAAGCUGCUGAAACACCGAUUGCCUUUUGAGCUACCGUGAUCUAUAUGAUGAUGAAGAGCAAUUGACACUUUUGGUUACAUAAGAAGCAAUCAGUUUCCCUUCCACUAAAAACUGAAUUUAGUUUGUUUGUCAAGAAUAUUGCUCGUCAUAUUUUCUUAAAAAACCAGAUUGUAACACCGAAAUAUUAGAAGCGUUAAUAAAAUGUGUUUCAUAAGUUAAGUUUGUUGAAGGGACCUACAAGUGAUUAUCUACCAUACUGGGAAACAAUAAAAAGAAUCCAACGCCAAUGAGCAAGCAAUUUUUGCCGAAUAUUAUACGUCUAUCUAAGAUAUUGGGAUAUGAAAAUAGAUGUAACGAUGUUGUUUACUGCAGACCAUCGAUGAUUUUGGAAAAACCUAGUUUAUGCGUGUUUUUCGGUGGAGAUAUUCAGGAUUUUACAGAAAAUAUGCUUAGCCAUAGAGACAACAAAAACUAUGUAGAGUGGAAUUUGGAAAAUACCUCGAAGCUAUUGCAGAGCAGUUUUGCUGACAGUCACAUCAUUGUAAUACGUCCUGCCAGAAUGGAAUAUAAAAGCUUCAGUUGCUACGAAAAUUUUUUACCUUGUUCAAAAUGUGGUGUUCCAAAUCAUACAUUCAUCCAUCAUGGUUUAGAACAUUUAGAAUUAAUCAUACAAAACGUAUCGAGAGCAUUGCGAACAAUGAGUAACGAAGAUUUCAAUAAUGCAGUUGAGGUUUCUACAAAUGGACUCGUGUUAGAUUCGGAGGAGGAUGUUGAAACUCCAAAAAAUAUCCCAUUCAGAGAUACUUUAAAUUUUGACGAUUGCGAUGUUACGUUGAUAGGAUUUAGUAAAGGAUGCACAGUUUUGAAUCAAUUUCUCUAUGAAUUCCACCAUUAUAAAUCUGAUGAUAAAAACGAACCAAAUAUAUUGAAAAGAAUCAAAACCAUGUAUUGGUUAGACGGUGGACAUUCGGGUGGAAAAAAUACUUGGAUAACUUCCCUACCUUUACUAAAAACAUUCUCCACAAUGGGUAUAAGCAUCUACGUUCACGUAUCUCCUUAUCAAGUGGCGGAUAUUCGUCGACCGUGGAUUAAAUAUGAGGAAAAACAUUUUACAGACGCACUGAAAAAAUUUGGUGCAAAUAUAAAUAGAACAAUUCAUUUUGUUGAUGUUCCUUCGAGUGUACAGACUCACUUUAAUGUCCUAAAAGUAUUUAGAGAAGUUAAUAAGGAUACUUGAAUUACAUAUUUUUCUGUUCACUAAUAUUUGAGUUACAUUUGAUAGUUUUGAUACUCUGUACCAUACUCUGUGCAUUUAAUUUGUUCUUUGAUGUUUUUUAUUUUUGUAACUUAAUGCAAAUAAAUAUUAUUGUUAUUCUGA